UCCUAAACCUGGGAUGCAGCUUGGCUAUGGAGGGAUGGCUGGAGGAAUGGGUGGAGGAGGAGGUCAGAGACUGGCCAACCAAGAGAGCCACAGGCCGUUGCAGCAAUCAAGCUCAGGCCCCGACCAUGGCUCUGGCCCUGGUCAGGGCCAUGGGCCAGGGAUGGGUGCUGGGAUGGGUACUGGGAUGGGUGGUGGUCAGGGUCAGCAUGGCCAGAGCCCCGGUCAGCCCGGUCAGCACGCCUCCAGACGGAACCUCCAGGUGGACUUCAGCAGCUCGGGAGGCCGGACUGGUCGCUCCUCCUCAGCGUCUCCGGACCGGGGGAUCACCCCCACCUCGCCCUACUCGGUGCCUCAGAUCGCCCCCAUGCCUGUCAGCAAGCUGUGCCCCCUCUGCUCCACCACAGAGCUGACCAAUCCGCCGGCCCUGCCAAACUACAACACCUGCACACAGUGCCGCUCCACCGUCUGCAACCAGUGUGGCUUCAACCCCAACCCCCACCUCACAGAAGUACAGGAGUGGCUCUGUCUCAACUGCCAGAUGCAGAGGGCCUUGGGCAUUGACAUGACCACCCCACGCUCCAAGAGCCAGCAGCAGAUCCACUCUCCAUCCCACCAAGCCAAACCCAUAGUCCAACCACCACCUGUUCAGCCAGCUCAGCCAGCAGCCCAGCCAAAACCCCAGCCUCAGCCCCAGGCCCAGCCCCCACCACAGUCAAAACCCCACUCCCAGCCCCAGCACCAACUCUACGGUCAAUCCCAGCCCUAUAGUCAAUCCCAGCCCCAGCCCCAGCAACAGCCCUAUGGUCAAUCCCAGCCCCAACAACAGCCCUACAGCCAAACUCAGCCUCAGCCAUAUGGUCAAUCCCAACCCCAGCAACACCUCUACGGCCAAAGCCAACCUCAGCCCCAGCCAUAUGGUCAAUCCCAGCCCUAUGGUCAAUCACAGUCCCAGCACCAGCCUCAGGCCAAACCCCAAGCUCAGCAUCAGCCACAGACCUCUCCUGGCCUACAGAGACACCCUAUACCCGGCUCUGCUUCCCUGCCUGGGUCAACGACAAGCUCCCCCCAGCACAUCCCAUAUGGCCAGAGAGGGCCUGGAGGUCCCGGCCAGCCCCGGAUUCCCCAUCCUGGGGCAGUCCCCCUGGUGGGCAUGGCCAAGGCACCCUCCCAGCCAGACCUGGGCCGAGGCUCCCCAAUGCACCAGAGCGGCCGCCAGGCCGCCAGCGCCGGCUCGUCGCCUUCCCAUCGGCCCGCCGCUCCCCAGGGGCAACCGCCCCAGGACGGCCUGACCAAACUGUUUGGCUUUGGGGCAUCGCUCCUCAACCAGGCAGCCAGCACCCUGGCCUCUGUGGACCCCCUCUCAGGGACACCAUCCACACAGCCCUCCCCUGCCAGGGGUGGGCCUUCCAACAAACAACAAGGACCUCCUGGUGCCAAACCAUUCCAGACAGGUGGCCCUCAUGCAUCCCAGACAGGUGGCCCUCAUGCAUCCCAGACAGGUGGCCCUCAUGCACCCCCGAUGGGUGGCCCGCAAGCACCCCAGAUUGGUGGCCCUCAUGCACCCCCGAUGGGUGGCCCGCAAGCACCCCAGAUGGGUGGCCCACAAGCACCCCAAAUGGGUGGCCCUCAUGUACCGCAAAUGGGUGGACCCCACACACCAACUCAGAUUGGUGGCCCAUAUGCACCACAAAUGGGUGGCCCACAUACAUCAACUCAGAAAGCACCCCAACAGCAGCAAUCACCUGUGCAUCAUCAGAAGGGACCACAGCAACAACAGCAACAGCAGCAGCCGGCCAGACAGGAGCCCGUUCCCAAGCCGGUGGAGCCCGAGAAGCCCAAAGUCAAAUGCCCCCUGUGUAAGACGGAGCUCAACAUUGGCAGCACCACUGAGCCGCCUAGCUACAACUCCUGCACCCAGUGCCACACUCAGGUCUGCAACCUAUGUGGAUUCAACCCCGCGCCUCACCUGGAGAAGAAAGAAUGGCUCUGUCUGAACUGCCAGACCCAGCGACUGAUGUCUGGAGGGCUCCGGGAUCCCUCUCCUGUAUCUCAUCCGUCUCCAAAGCACCAACCAAUGGGUUCUCCACACCACCAGGCACUGGCCAGUCAGCAGCCUGUUCAACAGCCACCCUUCCAAAAAUUCACCAAUCAGCAGCAGGAAGGGCCGAGACAAAUGCAGCCGCAGCAGCAGAAGCCCCAGACAGCCCUGGGGAGCGGACUUUUUGAACCAACUGCAGCGAAGCAAACUGGAGACACACAGGCCCCUGUCCAGGCCACACCUAUACCUGCAAUCGAGCCCCUGAAACAAGCAACGGCCACGGAAGAGACUACGCCAAAACCAGAGAAGUUGGUGGAAUCCGCCAUAGACACCAAACCAACUCAAAAGAAGGGAGAGCCAAUCACACCAAUAAAAGAGUUAAAGAAGUCAAGAUAUGAUGAGACCAAGAACAGCACUCAGGACCUGUCGCGGAGCCCCCAGAGCCUGAGCGACACGGGCUACUCCUCCGACGGCAUCUCCAGCUCCCACAGCGAGAUUAUCGGCCUCAUCCAGGAGGAGGAGAUGAAGCUGAGCGAGAGGGGCAUUAGCGAGCGUGGCAGCCCCCCCAGCCCCUCCGAGAUCACCAAGCUGGAGAGCUCCAUGAGGCCCCUGCUGGAGUGCAAGACCAUGCCAGUUGAGGAGAGGGAGCGCGAAAGGGGCCGAGGCCGGCACCACCGAGAGCAGAGACCCCGGUCGCUGUCCAUCACCCCGGAGGCCUAUGACUCUGAUGAGGAGCUGGAGGACAUUGUGGAAGAGGAGGAGGAGGACGGAGGAGACUGGGAGUCCAAACAGGAGCACAAGAACAGUGCCGCUCCCAAAGAGGAGAAGAAAGUGGCUGAGCCGGAGCCAAUGACAGAUGAGGAGUUCAUGAGGAGGCAGAUCAUGGAGAUGAGCGCUGACGAGGACAAUGAGGAAGAGGAGGAGGACAUGGAAGAGGAGGACGAGGAGGACGAAGGCUACGGCUACCAAAAACCUAAAAAAACACACAAGCACAUCUCAGAGUUGACGAAAGAGAAGCGCCGCCUCUCUCACCAGUCCAGCAGCUUUGAGGAGGACACCAAAAGCUCCAGCGACAUCUACAACUGUUCUGCGGAGGAAGGAGAGGAGGGGGGUCUGGGGGGCCUGCGCCGCUUCAAGACAAUCGAGCUCAACAACACCAACAGUUACAGCCACGACAUGGAGCUCAACAACGAGAACGACCUCAGCCUGGACCGAGAGCCCGAGUUGGAGAUGGAGAGCCUGACGGGGUCUCCCGAGGAGCGCUCCAGGGGUGAGUACUCCUCCACCCUGCCACCCACCACCUCCAGCUACAACUCUGGCACCUCCCCCACCUCCAUCUCCUCCAUGGAGGAAGACAGCGACAGCAGUCCCAGUCGCAGGCAGAGACUGGAGGACGCCAAGCAGCAAAGGAAGGCCCGCCACCGCUCCCACGGCCCCCUGUUGCCCACCAUUGAGGACUCCUCGGAGGAGGACGAGCUGAGAGAGGAGGAGGAGCUGCUGCGGGAGCAGGAGAAGAUGAGGGACCUGGAGCAACAGAGGAUCCGCAGCACGGCCAGGAAGACCAAAAGAGAUAAAGAGGAGCUGAGGGCCCAGAGACGCAGGGAGAGAUCCAAGACGCCCCCCAGCAACCUCUCCCCCAUCGAGGAUGCCUCCCCUACUGAGGAGCUGCGACAAGCUGCGGAGAUGGAGGAGCUCCAUCGAUCCUCUGCCUCAGAAUACUCCCCCCAGAGCCUUGACUCAGAGGCUGAGGGAUACGAGUCUAAUCUCUACAAGUCUGGCAGCGAGUAUAACUUGCCCACGUUCAUGUCUCUGUACUCUCCUACUGAGAAGUCGUCGACAACUUCAACCACCACCGCGCCUUCCAGCAGCAAGCCCCUGAAGAGUGCUGAGGAGGUGUAUGAGGAAAUGAUGAGGAAAGCCGAGUUGCUGCAGAAACAACAGAAACAGCAACAGCAGCAGCAACAAGGGAGACACAACAGUGCAUAUGAGGACGACACGAAUGGCCAACAGUAUGAAGAUGAGUAUGAGUACGAGCAGGCUGAGACUAGUUAUGAAAACGAGGCGGCAGAGACAGGAGGCAUCUACGAAGAGAUCCGCCAGACCUCCCAAAGCAUCACUAAAAUGCAUCAAUCCUCAGCCCUGGAGUUACAGCAGCAGGCAGACGAGCAGGUGGAAAUAGACGACAGUAUCUAUCCAGCUAAGCAGCUUUUAGAUACAGGGUCGGCCUUCGCUAAGCUGCUUGAGCAGACCAAUGACCUGUUGACUCCUGGCAACAGCCCCACUCAGCUCUCUGCACCUGUGACUUUCUCUGAGGCUGGAGGAAGGAUCCCUGAUGUACAGGUGACACAACACUACUCCAAAGAUGUCCAUAAAGCCGGGAUGAAGAGCCAGACGGGUAAAAAUGGCAUUACUCCAGUGGCGGCCGCCACCACAAUUGCAGCCUACGGGGUUUAUUCCCGGGAUGCAGUGACCAUCCCUCACACAAGCGCUAGUCAAACGAUGACGACCACCCAAUCCAUCAUGUAUGGUCGACAAACUGGAGGACCUGCCACUUCAACCACAACCAUCUCAAAUGUGUGCAGCAAGAUAGCGGAGAUAACACAGGCUUACAGCCAGAGAGAGGUAGUUGCGAGGAGGGUGGGCGAGAGCCGAGGGGUCCAAGCUAGAGAGAGUGCAACAUCUUCAGAGCAUGUCAUAGAGCCCCACUCGACAAAGAUGUACUCGUACUACAAGAGCUCCAGCCCCCCUCUGUCUCCCUCUGCCUCGCCCACCGAGAGCCCAAGUCGCUCACCCUCCAGGAGGGCCGAGAUAUCCACUCAGACAUUCAGCCCAGGCAUAGGGGCUCUGUCAGCUGGCUCUGGGCCCACCUCCCCAGUGAUGGCCCAGGGGACACAGACAUCUGAAAGGGGCAUAUCCCCACAUCUCUUGAGACAGCAAUCCUCCCAGCAUGCCCCCUACAUGGUCGCAAGCUUGGAGCCCACAAGCUCUGCCAAACCAAUGACGGUCAACACCGCCACGUCACCUUUAUCCUCGCCCACCAGAUUCACCCGACAGUCGACAUUUGACAGCUACUCUCCACAGGCCAGUCCGCCAGACACCCCUCCAUACCACCAGUCUCCUCAGCACAGCUUCUAUAGGAUGCAGAAGGUGGAGAAGGUCAGUGUUGGAACCAGCAUGGUCACCACAGCUAGCACCUACAGCCGUGGUUCCAUGUCUAUGGACAACAUCUCUCUCUGCAGGUUCUCCAGCAUCCCGGGGACCUCGAGUGUCGAGCCGGGCCAGAUGAUCCAUGGUGGGAGUGUGGUGGAUCUAAGAACAGUAGAUCUGAGAACCGCCACUAACGCAGCUCCCAUUUUAAUGACUGCCCAUGGCAUGGAUCUUACCUCCCUGGCCACAGAAACACGCAAAUACACCAGCGGGAUUGAGGGGAGCCACCCCUCCACUAUCAUCCAGCCCCUCAUCAUGAACCUGAACACCCAGCAGCAGCCCCAGGUAAUGGUAUCCACUGCAACCACGAUGAGCGUCACGGUGGCCGCCUCCAUGUUCAUAUCGCAGCCCCAACAGCCCAUGAUCUAUGGGGACCCUCUACCAAACAGAGUUGACCUUGGUCAGGGCAUGGGCUCAGCCAUGUGCCUGUCACAAAACAAACCACCUCCCACUGACCCAUCUAUCCCCAAGAUCGACGCCAAGCUGGAGGACCUGAGCAUCCAGCAGCAGCAGCUUCUCCAGCAGCAGCAAAAGCUCCAACAGCAACAGCAGCUCUUGGAGCAUCAGCUCCAGCAACACCACCAGAUGCAGCAGCAGUCCUCCGUAGCUCGGUUCAACCUACCAGGCCAGAUGACGCUGCUCAAGAAAGACCUUCUGGUCAGCCAAACCAGCAAUACCCCAGCCGUGGUCAGUACUAUGUCCCCUGCCGUUGCCCCUGAUAUCUACGGCACUGGAGAUCUCCUGGAGCUGAAGAGCAAACCAACCCCGGCAGGUGUGAUGCGCCUGGCUGGGGGUGGGCCUCAUGGCAUGAUGGUCCAAAUGGAUGGGGCCCCACAGGGAGGACCAGUGACCCAGCUGGUGAAGACAGAGGAGGGCCAGGAUGCCGUGGACCUCACAGGGGGGCAGAUCAAAGCUGAGAACCAACCAGCUUGCUGUGAUGUCGUGUACCGCCUCCCAUUUGGAGGUAGUUGCGUUGGCGGACCAUUUUCCCAAAAGCCAAAUGUUGAUGAGAAUGUGGCCACUCAAGAGCCAAGACCACACUCUGUGCCACCACUCUCGUAUGAGUCGGACCAGGAGGGCCAGUUUCAGGAGUUUUCUAUGGACGGGCAUAAAGCCUACACAUUACCGUUCCCUGGCCGGCUACAGCCCUCGAUGUCUGACACCAACCUAGCAGAGGCCGGACUCCAGUCCUACCACUCCAAGAUGGACCCACACUUCCAGACCUCUGGAGAGCUGGCUGUGGACCUCAGCACCAUGAAACACACCUAUGAGGGUGGAUUCCUCGGACUGGGCAUGCAAUAUGGCUCCUACACUGACCUACGCCAUGGAGGUGAUAUCACUGCAACUGCCCUGCCCAUACGCAGAUUCAACUCCCUGUCAAACAUCAGCUCUGACUACGGCUACUCCCCGCGAGACCUCGCUAACUUCCAGGAGUCCAACCUGGCCCAGUACAGUGCCACCACUGCCAGAGAGAUCAGUCGAAUGUGCGCUGCCCUCAACUCAAUGGACCGCUAUGGGAGCAACCCAGAGCUUAUGCAAUACGGUGUAGGCAGAGGAACAGGUCCAGGUGGCAGGCUUAACUCUAUGAGACAAAAUAUGCUCUAUGGACCUGACGGGAAGCCAAUCUCUCACACCCAAGCGCUCACCAACAUGAUCAAUGCCAGGCAAGCCAGCCUCCGAGCCAUGUACCCGUCUGCCAUGAGGUCUGCUGAUGGGAUGACCUAUUCUACCAUCAACACACCCAUCGCCUCCACCUUGCCAAUCACUACCCAGCCUGCCUCAGUGCUGCGCCCACUAUUAAGUGGAGUGUACAGGCCUUUACCCACAGCCAAUAUGACACCUGUGCCUCUGGCCAGCCUCACCAGGAUGCCUGUGAACCCACGGAUGCCUAUGUCUGGACAGGCCCCAUACCAUUAUCCGGCUCCCAACGUCUUCCCAUCUACGACGUCAACCCCUGUGAGCAUGCCUGCCGCCGUCAACACCACUCAGGAUGCCCCAAUCUUCCUAGGGAAGCCCUCUGUGACAUCAAGUGGAUCUGAUCCCCCGUAUCAAUCUCCUGUUGCCCAUACAUCAGCCUCAGUGAGCUUGCCAAAGGAGUCUGAGCAGCAGCCCAUAAACCUGACCCAGGCUCACCUCCACACUCAGGCCCCAGGGCAGCCCCAGGUCCAGCCUCAGAACCAACCCCCACCUCCACCUCCGGCCCAUGCUUACCCCCCAACACAAAGCUACACUGGGCCCCAGAGCAGCACCCUGCCCCAUCACCCAACCCCACCCUCCAGCGGCCCUGUCAACCCGGAGACCGAGACUGAGGAGGAGAGGAUGCACCGCCAGCAGGAGCAGCUUCUGCAAAUGGAGCGGGAACGCGUGGAGUUGGAGAAGCUGCGUCAGCUGCGUCUGCAGGAGGAGCUGGAGAGAGAGCGCAUGGAGCUGCAGCGGCAUCGUGAGAAAGAGCAGAUGCUGGUGCACAGGGAGAUCCAGGAGCUGCAGACCAUCAAGGAGCAGGUCCUGCAGCAGCAGCAGGCUGAGAGGGAGAACCAGCUGGUGAUGCAGAAGGAGCAGUUGGCCCAGCAGAAAGCCCAGCUUGACCAGAUCCAGUCACUGCAGCAGCAGCUCCAGCAGCAGCUCGAGGAGCAGAAGCGGCAAAAGACUGCUGCAGCUGCUGCUGCUGCAGCCACCGCAGCCGCUAAGUUGGACCAGAGCGGCCAGAUGCUGCAGCCCUACGGAAACCAAAUGGGUUUCAGGUCCCUGCCCAACUCCUCCUCAGACAUGUGUCUAAGGAACAACGAGGAGCAGAUGGAGACCAGGACCAACAUGAGAAAGCAGAACUCCACCUCCAUGCCCCGACUGAGGGAUGGAAUGGAGGGCGAGAGCGUUGAGUUCUACGGAGCCCGGAGGAUCGUGGACAGUUGUGUUCAGACAGACGAAGAGGACGGUGAGGAGAGGUACAUCAUGUCUAGGCGCAGACGCAACAGGCGCAGCGUGGACCGUAGCGUCCAAACCGACGACGACGAGGAGAAAGUGGAGUGGGAGCAGCCUGUGAGACGCAGACGCUCACGCUUCUCCAGGCACUCGGAUCCCGGGGCCGACCACAAGACUGAUGCAGCCUCCAAGACGGCCACCUCAUCCAGCAUCGCCAUUCAGACCAUUCGAGACUGCUCCUGCCAGACCGAAACAGACCAGCUGGGGAAGGUGUCCCCGGCCAUCCACGUCACUUUGCCAGACCCGAACAAAGUGGAGAUCGUUCACUACAUCUCAGGCCCUGAAAGGACCCAGAAAGGCCAAAGCCUAGCCUGCCAAACAGAUGUGGAGGCCCAGUCUCAGGGCGUGGUGGUGCCACAGCUCAGCGUGCCCACCACUAUCAACCCCUACUCCACGGGUAUCCAGCUGGUUGCCGACCCGCGGCAGCAGCAGAACAGGAGGAGGUCUGACCCCAUGGAGAUCAGCUACCAGACCCAGACCCAGCCCAUGAACCACCUCCACAACGAGUCCCUCUCCAGCCUGAUCCGUCCCCCCAAGUCCCCCCAGGUGCUCUACUCCCCUGUGUCCCCCGUCUCCCCCCACCGCCUGCUGGAGACCUCCCUGUCCAGCGGCGGGCUGAACAAGGCCCAUGUCACUCCCCAGCAGAAGGCCUACACAGCCGAGUCACCCCAGCGCCUCCCCAGCAUGCCCCGCCCUAUUAAGAACACACAGAGGUCCAUGUCUGACCCCAAGUUGCUGAGCCUCACCACUGAUGAGCACACUAAGGCCAGGCUAAACCUGUACCAGCAGCAAGCUCUUCAGAGCCAGCUUGCUGCCCUGCAGCAGAGCGCUCUGAGGAAGGUGAAGAGGACCCUGCCCAGCCCCCCUCCAGAGGAGAGCCACCUCCCCACCAUCACCCCGGCCCUGCCCGCUGUGCCCUCCCUGAGGGCCGGGUCCAGGCCAGGUCUGGCAGCCAAAGCCAGCCUGCUGAAGGACCUCACCCACGAGCUGAAGGCAGUGGAGCAGGAGUCCACCAAGCUCCGCAAGCAGCAGCAGGAGCUGGAGGAGGAGGAGAAGGAGAUUGAUGCCAAGCUGCGUUACCUGGAGCUGGGCAUUCACCAGCGCAAGGAAACCCUGGUGAAGGAGAGGGAGAGGAGGGAUAUGGCCUACUUGCGCUGCAUGGGCGACCCGCGAGACUACAUGUCAGACAGCGAGCUGAAUAACCUGCGGCUGGCGGCGGCGGUAGCUUCCUACGAGAGCAACGGGGUGCUGACCAGACCCAGCACAGCACCACUGAGCCAGUACACCAGUGACCUCAACACAGCUGCCCAGUUCCCUCCCAUCUCCUCCUUCGUCUCCUUCCAGUCAUACCACCCCCAGAGCCAGCCAGCUCCAGCACCCCAGCCUGGCACCCCUUACCAGACCGCAGCCUUCAACCAGCCCCCCUACCCUUCAGUGUCCCAGGCAGCAGCUCUUCCCCAGCCCACCCCCCUGCAGACCCAACAUCUUCCCCCAUCCUACCAGACCCAGGGGUCCUUCCCCUCCCACACAUACCCCCAGAGCCAGCCCCCCUACCCGACAGAGCAGGGGGUGCAGCCACUGCUCCAGCAACAGCAACAGCCAAGCCACCAGGGGUUCCAGCCUGCCCAGCCUGGCCAACCUCCCUACCCCACCCACACCUCACCAUACCCCAGCCAGCUGUCCUACCCAGCUGGCCCUAGCCAGACCACUCCCUACCAGCCCCAGGCAGACAUCCUCACUGUUCAUCAGAGACCCAGACAGACCUCUCUGGCUGACCUGGAGCACAAGAUGCCCACUAACUAUGAGGUCAUAAGCAACCCCACUGUAGUGGUGACCACCACAGCCCAAGAUGCCAUCUACUCCUCCUCCAGUGGGGCGCCCCCAUAUGGACAGUAUACUGGUGGUACCCCUAUGACCAACACUUAUGGGCCAUACUCUUCUACAGUCUCUAGUACCUAUGGCCAGUACACCACAACAGUUGCCAACACAUAUGGGCAGCAGUACACUUCCACCCUGGCCAGUACGUACGGCCAGUAUACCACUACCACAGCUAACACCUACGGCUACACCAACACUACAGCCAGCUCCUACGGCCAGUACACCACCACAGUGGCCAACAGCUACGGCCACGGCACUCCAUCUGACCGUCUGCACUCGGUUGACAGCCCGUCCACCUAUGCACAGGACGGUCUCUACGGCCCAGCCAGCCUGGAGCAGAACAUCCCAAGGAACUACGUCAUGUGCGACGACAUCAGUGAGCUGACAAAGGACGGCCUGGGCGGCAUGGCGGCGGACAUGCAUCGAAGCGACGGUCAUGGUGGACGCUACAUGGGGGAGAGCGGCCCGGCGAGAGGAGGAAGUUCCUACGGAAGGCCGGAGGACGAGCUGAGCAGGGAGGAAGACCCGUACGACCACCAUGGCAGGGGUAAGAGCAGCUACCACCCACGAGGGUCAGAUACAUAUGGCCGAGUAGUGGGCAGCAGCAGCACUAGCAUGGGUGGGGGAUCAUCCUAUUACUAUGAUGACUACACCAAACACGGUGCACAGCGCACCGGGGUCCAGAAGCACGCCUCCAAGAUCCUGGCUCCGGCCGUCAUGUCCUCCAAGCGCAGCAAGCACCGCAAGCAAGGCAUGGAGCAGAAGAUCUCCAAGUUCUCCCCCAUCGAGGAGGCACGUGACGUGGAGGCAGACCUGGCCUCCUACACCAUGAGCACGUCUGGCGGUGGCAGCUGCACUGUAGUGUCCCGGGCCAGGAAGCUGCAGGACGACAUGGCCUACAGCCUGAGGAAGAGUGCCUAUGAGCAGAAGAGAUACUCCUAUCCCGAGGAGGACGAGCGCAUUUACUACACCUCGGGCCGUUCACGCUCCACAGGCUAUGGCAUGGACAAGAUCUCGUCCCGGGACUAUGCCGGCUACCGCAGCCGCUCCUAUGAGAGAGAUGGGGACAGGGAUCGCUCAUCGUACAGGGCGGGAUACAGCCGGGGCAGACCCCCCAUGCGCUCCCAGUAUUCGGAGGAGGAGAGCCUGCUGAGCUCCAUGGGUGUUCAUGUGCGGGCCUCCUCCCUGGGCCCAGAGCUGUACGACAGCCGUGGUAAUCAGUAUUAUGGCCAGUACGGCUCCAGCCACUCCCUGCCUGAUGUGCAGGACCACAUGAGAGACUUGCCCCGGACUCACGUCUACAAACCAGACGAUUCUUACAUUAUAGACGAUAUGCAUUGCGCUGUUUCGGACAGCGAAGCCUACAAUCUUGGCCAAGAGGAGACAGACUGGUUUGAGAAGCCCAGGGACCUGCGCUCCGGCUCCCGUCACUACGGCAGUGGAGGCCACUCCUCGUCCGGCCGCAGCCGCCACGUCAAGCACACCUACCAUGACUACGAUGAGCCCCCAGAGGAGGACCUGUGGCCCCAGGACGAGUAUGGCCAAGCCCGUCACUCCUCCUCGCGGGACCACCGCCCCCAUGGCAGCAGCAGCUCCGGGAGACACUCCUCUACGUCCCGCCACUCGGAAGAGCCUCGCUCCUCUCGCUCCUCCAAGGGCCACCCCAAAGACCCGUCCAUGCGCCACGACUCCCGCCAGUUGUCCUCGUCGGGAAAGAGGGGCGACUCCCGCUCCCAGGGGGGGUAUCACUCGUCAGACUACUCCAGGGACCCGUCGGGCCACCACCACAGCCAGGGCCGCUCCUCCAAGUCCUCGUCCUCUCACGAUGGGCGGACUUCCUCCAGGAAGCAGCAGGACCUCCAGGGCCACCCUUCUUCUACCUCCAGGGGCCAGGGCAGUUCUGGACGUGGGCAGGGCUCCACCAGUGGGCCUCCAGGCUCCAGGGGACAGGGUCCUACCUCCCAGCAGGACGGGCUGCAGCCAGGUCAGCGCACCCAGCUGCAGCAGCAGCCCCAGACCUCGGCGGCACGGCAGACAGGCACCAUCCCUGCAGGCACCACUCCUGGGGGCCAGCAGCCUCUGGGCCCGGGCCAAGCCCAGCAGGGUCUACAGGCGAAGCCUGGUCAGCUUGGUCCUGGUCAGGCCAGUCGCCAGCCACAGGCAGGAGGCGCACUGGGGCAACUGCCACCAACUGCACCUGUCGCAAACACACCCCCUGUGACUGCCAUAGGGGCCAAAGCUGUCAUAGGAGGGGCAGCCCAGCCUGCAAAAACACCUCAACCCCCACUCACAGGAAUAGGCUCCAAGGCCGCCCCUAGACCCGGUGGCAUUGGGAGCGCGGCAGCGGGUCAACCUGGGGUGGAGGGGGAGAGUCUCCUCUCCAAGGUCCUACCAGGAAACCCUGCAGAGGCAGCAGGAAAACUAGGAGAAGCUAUCUCCGGUUUCGGCAAGAAGUUCACCUCAUUGUGGUGAGGUGCUGAGAUGAGGGUAUCUGUAAAUGUUAUGGAGGAUGUCGUGAGGCUUCGUACCAGAAAAACCUAGGAAGACCCCCGCUUUGUUUUACUGUGAGAGAGAGGGAGGGAGGGGAGAAAUACAGCGACCAAGAGAAGAUAUCUGAGCGCACUGCCAAUGAGGACAGGAAUCAAUGGAUGCUGCAUGUCCCAGGUCUACGCACACAAUGGGAGAGAAACCAUGCUGAUUUCUCUGGCCGGCCAGACAAACGGUUUGAAGCCCCCAGACUGCAAUGCCCCAAGCCAAAGAACAAGAACACUGACACCUGAGCCACCCUGAACACCUAAGCCAUUGGAUUACAAGCCCUGAGGAUCCCUCCAGAGAGAGGCUAGCUGGAUAGAGAGCCUGAUCCCUGCCACUAUAUGGGUCUUCAUCACCAGGAUGUCACUCCUCAAGGACCAUCACCUCCCAAACAGCCAUUAUCCUUUGGGGAAUGGGCUCUAUACUAAGGAAUACUCCACCCAGCUGCUCUGUAGGAGGAUGGGAAGGGGCCACAGUACUGUGACCCUGCAACACGGUAAUGAUGCUAUCCUCUAGUCUGUGGGCUGUUGUGCUGCUGCCUGCUGGGGUUCGUAACCGUGGUGGCAUGGUAGGAUCCUUGAUUCCGGAAACCUGUGCUCAGAUUAAAAAACACACAGUCACACUCUCCUCUCAUCUCUGAAAAAGAAAAGAGAAGAACAGGUUUUUCUGGUACUAAAGACCUCCUGUUUAAUUUGGAUGCUGAUAAUUUAGGAAAGAAGAAGAAAAGACAAUAAGGAUGACUAGGUUGACAGAAGCUAGGAGGAAGUCUCCACAGUUUGCUCAGUUUUUUUCUCUACAUUCCAGAAUGGAAAAAGGCCCCAUUUUUUUUAAUGCUGACUCGUUCGUUCCAUUUUUUCCCCUCUUGCGAUGUGUCUAAGAAGUGUAUUGUGGAUUUAGGAUUCGGAAAUGCAUGGAACUUUAUAUCCAAGACCUUUACACUGUUCACCAUUUCAGUCACAGAGGCCAUAAGACAUUGGUUAAUAAUAAUAAUAAUAAAACAUGAGAGUAAAAAUGUAUCCAAAAGAAGACGAGGAGGACACAACACUGAAUCUGGCCACAGGAUGGGAGAAUCAUCAUUCGGGAGGUUUCGAUUGCACCAUGAGAGCCGAAUGUGGCCAGGUUUGUUUUUUAGCCAUUGCAAAGCCAUUAAUAAGAAAAAACAUCCCCAGAACGUUUGGGUUCCUGGUGGUUGUUUUUUUUAUGACUCCGUUUUUUGUUCUCGUUCUGUAUUUGCCUGAUUUUCUGUUACAGGACAGUGGAUGCGCCUUAAUCAUUCCAUUCUUUUUUAUUUAGAGUAAAGUUACAUCUUAUUUUUUUACUCCAUGUUCUAUCCAUAAAGCUUAUUUUAAUUGCAGACUUUUUUAUGUAAUAAUGAUGUCCGCUGGAACACUGGCUGGGAGAUUAAUUUAUAUUUUAGGAUUUUGUUUCACUUUUAAAUUUGUAAUCCUUUAUAUUGUGUAUUUUCUCAUACAUUUGUGUGUUUAUGGUGUCCAUAAUCAUUGAUUACGUUAUUUAUUUAUGAUUAUUAAUAAUGAAAAAGCAAUAGUAUGUGGAAGAAAGUCAGUAAAGAGCACAAUCUUGUGUCAUUUUACAAAUCGUUAGUCAGGAAUGUGUUGCCUCUGCGAUAUUCUGCUAUCACAUCUUAACAGGGCCACACCUGGGUUGUAUUCAUUAGGCACCAAACAAAAUUUAAAAAACUGACAAACAAGGAGGGACUACCUGAAAUUGUCCAAUAAGAAAAGCUUGUUUUUGUUUUCCGUUGCAAAACGUAUUGCUACGGAGUGCUCUAAUAAAUACAACCUUGUAAAUCCAGUCUGGUAGUUUGGUACUGCCCAGUCAAGGCCUUUCAUAUCUGCCCAUUAUGAUACAUGAGCACUGCAAGACAGCAGAGAGGCACUGAAUACAAACCAGUGCAAAUCACCAUUGUAUCUGACUUGAAGUAGUUCAGCAUUCUUUUGUUGACUGUCAUAAUCAUUGGGUUUUCAUGUUUUCUGGCUUACUACAGACUUUUAACAUCCAAAACACCAUCACAGGGAAAGAGAAACACCUUACAGACAUGGAGCACAUAUUGGCUAUGUGUUUCAAACAGACUGAGGAUGUUAGGUUGGAGAGACACCUACUCUGCACACACUCACAUAUGGCUGCGGGCAACAGUGAUGUAUGAGUUAUGUGCGAGGUAGCAAAAGGUGUUCGGUGGAUUAGACACUGAAGUGUCAAAGAUACAGCACAGUCGGUUGUUUUUUGUCUUUGUAUUUGCGACCAAACUACAAACCCCAAAAUGUUGACGAAUGUCACGGAAACCUCUCAGGUCAGUGUUCUUCCUGCUGUUCUUUGCAGUGCAGCGUGUGUAGUAGUGUUACUGGUGAUACGCUCAGACGCUAGAGGCCUACUGAUGGGAGCCCAAACGUGAUGUAUAUUCUCUCUUUCUCUUUCUGUGGUUGCUGGAAUCAAGCAUGCUCUGGCAAAACCUCAGUAACAGUCACUUCUGUAUCGUUACGUUCCUGAUGUGUGUAUGUGUGUGAGUACUGUAUGCGUGUGUUUCUCACCAUCCUACUAAAAAACAAACCAUUAUCUGGCAAAUAAAACAAGUGUGUGGUCGACGGCAACUUUGACAUUUCAAACGUUCUAUGCAAUGAAUCAUAUUUGGGUGAAGUAAUAGGGAAGAAACUGAAUACCACUAUCAUUGUCAUGGCUGAGACAAAUACUGCUUCCUUUUAGCAUUUCUGCUACAGAAAUAGAUUGACUUGUUUGUAAAUAGCUACAAUAUGUGUACGUCAGGAAUUUGAUUCAAUGUUUCUUUAAAUUCUUUUUAGUGGCAUGUUUCAGUCCCUUCACUGAAAAUUGGAACCGGUUGCCAACUGGUUAUCUACAUAGGCACCCUAAAAUGGCACACUAUUCCAAUUAGUGUACUAUAGGCUGGCUAUAGGGAAUAAGGUGCCAUUUUUCGAUGCAGAAUAGUGUCAAUAAAGUCUGCCAUCUUAUUGCUUCAAGCAUGGGUUGCUGGGCACAGCGAAUGGUCUUGUACGUACAGUGCUGAAGACCACAUUUUUGUUGGACGGCCAUGGAUUCCAAUACUUGGCUGCUAGUUUGUGCACUUGUUAUUCCAUAGAAUAGAAUGAAGCUGCUAAAGACUUAAGCCAAUUAUAUGAAGAGAUUAAAUAUAUCAUUUAUAUAAAUAUGUAAAACAAAUACUAUAUGAUAAAUAUAUAUAACACAUAUUCGAGAAAUGACAGGCCCUUUUCAUGAUCGAAGGGAAUGACCUGGUGUGUGUACACUGCCACUACCUACUAACAUACUAUGAUAUUCAAGAAGUUUGAACGUUGACGGGAGGCUGCUUGUUUCCUUUCAGUGAGCCCACCGAAAACUAUUGUAGGCUAUACCCACUCACCAUUCAUUUGGCUUGAAAGGCUUUAGUGUGAAAAUCCCUUAACCCACAACUCACUCAGUACAGUAACUGCUGUUUCAAGUAUGGGCGAUUAUUUCAAUGUAAAAAAGUGGAGUUAUUUUUAUAGCAUACUUUAAUGGAAUAUCUAUACACAAAUAUUAUUGUAUCAUACAGAUACAUUGGUACACUGGCGAAAUCCCUAUGAAGUUCAUGGAAUAGAAUGAUGAUCAGAUCAAUAUUGUCCUACUGUUACAAAGGCCUCCUUACAGUAGAUAUGACUGGCAUGGAAAGCACCUCACAGGCCGUUAGAACAAACUAGCGACAGAUAAAGUCACUGUCAGUGACUGGAUGAUCAGAUAUGUAAAUGAGAUAGAGAUAAUAAUGAAGUUGUAAAAAAAGAGAAUCAAUACUGACCAAAAUCCAAUUAUGACUUGUUUAUGUUCGAAAUAGUUUGUAACUGUGUUCAAUCACUUUGCCUCAGGAAAGCACACACAAAAUGCACCGUGGUGAAAUGAAAUGGGACGUUAAUAUGCAUAGUAGUAAGGGCUUAUUAUUACAAUACUGGUCAAUCAAGAAAGCCAUCUUAUUACUGUCCCAUCCAGUCCUACAUGUACUCUGGAUGGGUUUUGGACCACAGCAUUUUGCCAGGGACAAAUAAAACCCCCAUGUCUUUUUUUUACGGCAACCAAAAAGUGUGCUUUUAAAGUAGCAUAGCAACUGCGACUAUCUGCCCUUGCUGUGGGUCCUUGUGGAUGGCUAUGCACAGCGAACAACAACAGGACAUUACUAUGGAUGAACAUAAUAGGGUGACAGACAAGGGAAUGCCGGACAAAAAGCGACAAAAAAAUCUUUCUCAACCAUCAGGGAGCAUCAUCUUUCACCUUAGUGAAAAGUAACAAGUGCAUGAGCUAAUGCAGCAUAAAGCCUCUCCUUACAUCUGACAGGCAGGCAGACAUAUUCACUGUAAAUACCAGUCAGGGUCAUAGACUGCUCUGUACAACAUGUAAAUGUCAUACUAAACACUAUCACAGGCAUGGAAAGCCAUGCAGGCUGACCUUGCCAAACUUGUGCUUUUGUGAAUAAAAAUGACAAAAAAGCAUUGUGUAUGUGGCUGGCUUGUGCAGACUGUUUAAUUAAAAACAAAAAGUUGUAUUCAGAAACAUAUUGGUCUGUGUAGAGUUUCUAUACAUGUUGUGUUUGUAAAACGAGAAGAAAAACACCUUCCUCAAAAGGGACAUCCUGGCUUCCAUUAACUGGAUGGAGGUUUGUAAAAAAAGAAAA